GCGGGUGAUCACAAAGUUUUUCAAGCGCCAUAGUCAUGCCCGCGAGGUUCGGGAAGCGUUCACGACGAUGGCACUUUUGCUGCUCGUCGAGAUGCGCUUCGGCACGCAUGUCAUCAUGAUGCGGCAACUUCUUCGCCUGCAAGUGCAUCUUAUGCAAAUGGUCAUCGAUGAUCGAUGGAAGGACACUGUUUGGUCGACGAAGAAGAUUCGAGAUGACGUCGCGGAAGUCACAGCAUGUGUCGGUUCUUCUUUGUGGUGGGAGGAUAUGAAGGCGGUGUGCAAGUUGUUGGAUCCCAUCAUGGACAUGUUGCAGAUGGUGGACAGCGACACGAGGCAAAUCGACAAGAUUUUGCGCCGGCAGGCUAUAUCGGACGAUGCUCCCAACGACAGGCCACAUCCGUACGGGAGUUGGGUGCAUUACUGGCAGCAGGUGGAGGACGAGUUGCCCACAGACCAACAGCUUGUCUCAGGCCGAGGAGCCUGGACAGCAAUGACGCAGGAGGAGUUGAUGCAAGCGAGAGAGAGGAUGCGUGCUGUGUCCCGCAUGGGAGCCACGCGUCGAUUGCGGAUGUCUGACAGGAGGAGACAUUGUAGCGGCGGUCGUGGUGGUGGUCGACGGGGAGGAUGGAGACAAGGCGGGCGUGGAGGUGCUGGUGGGAGGAGUUCUACAGCGAGUCGUCGACUGCCGGUGGACGAGCUUGUACGCAAGUCUCGACAGCGUUGGGACGAGGGAGACUUCUUAUAUGAGAGUUCGUCCAGUGACGAUGAGGAUUUCUUUGGGACUACAGGCAUGCCUGCAUCGGACGACGACAACGAUCUUGGAGACCCCCACCCGGACGGAGACAACGACGACGGCGCCGGAGACGAUGAUCAUGGUGAUGGUGGAGAUCGGCCACGGACCCGCGCGACACUUGCAGGUGGUGACCGAGGACUUGACGAGGUGGCUGACGGAGAUGAUCGUGAUGAGGGUGACGCUGGGGUGACGAUCAUGGUGACGGCGACGGUCGGGGAGGGGCAGGCGCAGUGGGCUCCACACGUGAAGCCACAUGCAGAGGGAUCACUGCCAUGGACGUCAACCACGACGCACGGGACUAUGAUGAUGGAGAUGGAGGGGGCGCCGACGGUCCAGGACUUCUUCAGGGCGGACGAGGGCAGUGCUGCGGCACUGCAUCCACUCACAUCAGCUGGUGGACCCGAGGUAACUGCAAUGACUUUGGACACGAGACGGCCACCGGCAACGGUGGAGCAAGAGAUUGACAGAGCAGCUCGACCUCCUCGUCCGCCAUCACAUGCAGAGCAUCAACCCAUCGACGUGGCCGCCUGCGCGGUUGCAGGCGGCGCCGCCAAGGACAUCACGGACAAGGCACAACAUCCUGUGGCGGGGUCAUCGGCGACAGCACCACGCGACAGAGCUACUGUUUUGCCGAAUUUACAUACUAUACCAGCGGGACCAGUGCUGGGGGGUUGGACGAGCAGGGAACCGGGAUUGUUGGCAGAGUAUGAGGCCCGACAUGGGAGUGCAGUGCCGACAAAGACAUCGGAUGUCCAGGCGACGAGGGCCGCUAAGGCGAGUCUUUCUCGAGCGAGGAAGAAGGCCGCGGAAAGGACGACGUCACGAUCGCCGCCGCAUAUGCGUUCCCAUAUGAGGCGAUACAGCCCUGCGCAUCUCGAGGACGGAGAGAUUUCGUCCGAGAGCGGCGCAUGGGGUGUUGGAGGGAGGAGCACAGCGGUGCUGGACCACAUCGGCAGGGAUGGUGCAGGGGAUGGAGUGCGAGGAGAGAAGAGACGCGGUAGUAUGCUUAUCGUCCACGGCGACAACACGGAUGUCGCCCCUGGAGAGACCAAAGGCACUAAUGAUAAAGGGGACUCUGAUUACGUACCUGAACUUCCUAAAGUACGGGCGGCGGACGGAGAUGAUGGAAGAGGGCGACGGGUCAGACGGAGGACACGACUUGGGCCACAGGGGCCUCAGCGCACACCAUCGGCGACGAUUACUGCACCAAUUGAUCGGCGAGCUCAGGCGCAGCGGCUGCUGCGCAAAAUGGAGGCCACUCUUCAAGAGACACAUGCUGCAUCAUUCGGACACGGACAGUCGAAGCCUGAGAGAGAGAGAGAGAGAGAGAGAGCGACUGUUGGUUUCAGGCUUUCUGCUGGUUUUGCGGACCACAGGUGACUUGUUGAUUUAGGCUGCCGAGGGUGAACAGUGUACAGUAACAGGGAG